AUGAUGUGGGGGCUGCGGCAGCUCUUUGAGAAGGACUAUCCCAACUUCGAAGGCAGCCGUUGGCUCGUUGAUCAGGCCGACCGUGGCCAGCUGGUCGGUGAGUUACGGCCACUCCGCCGACUCGCCUGGAUAAAGCUGCUGGGCGUCGUCAGCGGCGAGAGCAUCGAAGCGUGGGCGGAGGAGCUUGACACGCAUCGAAAGCUUUAUGCUGAGCUCGUGGAAGAGUACCGGAAGGAGACGGACGUCAAAGCCGUGGAUCCGAAGCUUUGCAAUCCACUGUCUCGGAAUGCGGACAAUCCGUACCUGAAGAUUCAGGUGAACGAAGAGCUUCUAAAAGAGAUCUGGAAGGACGUCGAGCGCACCUUCCCCGCACCUUGGCAACAACAAGCAUAA